CAUAAACAAGACAAACUUUCAGGUAUCACGGAUCCAGAUGACUUCUACACGGUAGCGAACACGUGUCUACAGAAAAACUUCAUGUACCAGUUCGCGAGGCCGUGGCUGGGCGAUGGUCUGGUCACUAGUGACUCAUCACUAUGGAUUGCACAUCGCAAGCUCUUGAAUCCAGCAUUCAGUCAGACUGUGCUGGAUGGCUUCAUGGACGUCUUCAACAUACAAGCUCGGCGUCUUGUAAAGGACUUGGAAAGGGAAGUCGGCAAAGGGCCGUUCGAUCACUACGUGUAUCUACGGAAAAAUGCUCUAGAAAUCACUUUCUCAACAGUAUUCGGUGUGGACUUAUCAGAUGACAAAGUGCUAAGUGACAAAUACUCACACGCUACAGAAGAAAUAUUCGAAGUCAUUGGAGAAAGAAUCCAGAAGUUCUGGCUGUUCAGCGACUUUCUCUUCAGGUACUCCUCAUUGAAGAAGAAACAGGACAGGAAUCUGAAGAUCUUGCAUAAUAUGUCUAAUACGGUUUUAAAAAAAAGAAAGGAAAAAUACUUGAAAAAUGGCAGCAAGGCAGUAGAAGAGAAGAUAGGUGGUGCAAAAUGUAAGCCAUUCAUGGAUCUACUUCUGGAACUGGCGAUAGAGAAGGGCGCCUUCACGGACCAAGAGAUCAGGGAACACGUGGACACCAUGCUGUUUGGAAGCCACGAUACCACGGCUACUGCGCUUCUGUUCACCAUGCUUCUGGUAGCAUCCCACCCUGAAGUACAAGAGAAAAUAUUUGAGGAAUUGCACAGUGUGUUCGGUGACGAAGACAGGGACGUCACAAAGCUGGAUCUGUCACAGCUGGUGUACCUAGAUGCAGUGGUGAAGGAAAGCAUUCGAAUGUAUCCCAUCGCGCCGGUGUCUGGCAGAGAGUUGGACCAAGAUGUUAAACUACGAAACUGUACUCUACGGAAAGGCAGAUCUGUUUUCAUGCUAAUGUAUGGGGCACACAGACACCCCAUGUGGGGUCCAGACGCUGAACAGUUUAAGCCAGAGCGUUGGCUUGACCCCACAUCUUUGCCCAAAAACACUGCAUUCGUUGGCUUCAGUAUCGGAAAGAGAAUUUGUAUAGGUAAAACUUACGCCUUCAUGUCGAUGAAGACUACUCUAGCGCACGUGUACCGACACUACCGGACUAGUGGGGACUACUCGCAGAUGGUGCUCAGGAUAGAUGUCGUGCUGAAGGCAAUGUCGGGACACCACAUUACUAUUGAUAGGAGGAAAUAA